AUGGAACUGGAGAAAGCCCCCACGCCUCUCCACGAGGAAGACUCCAAAGUCACCCUCACUAUCAGACUGAUUAUGCAGGGGAAGGAAGUUGGCAGUAUCAUAGGAAAAAAGGGAGAGAUUGUAAAGAGAUUUAGGGAAGAGUCUGGAGCAAAAAUAAAUAUUUCUGAUGGAUCAUGCCCGGAGCGGAUUGUUACGGUCACUGGCAACACAAGUGCUAUCUUUAAAGCAUUUACACUUAUUUGCAAAAAAUUUGAAGAGUGGUGUUCGCAAUUCAAUGAAGGUGGCGGUGGUGGUUCACGCGCCCCCAUUACUCUACGCCUUAUCGUUCCAGCCUCUCAGUGUGGAUCACUCAUUGGCAAAGGUGGUUCCAAAAUUAAAGAAAUUCGUGAUGUCACCGGAGCUAACAUUCAGGUAGCAAGUGAAAUGUUGCCUAACUCAACUGAGAGAGCUGUGACAAUAAGUGGCACCUGUGAUGCUAUAACUCAAUGCAUUUAUCACAUCUGCUGUGUUAUGCUAGAGAGCCCACCAAAAGGCGCAACAAUUCCAUAUAGGCCAAAGCCUAAUGUAGCAGGGCCUGUUAUCUUAGCUGGAGGACAGGCUUACACCAUCCAGGGAAAUUAUGCAGUCCCUGCUCAGGAUGCGGUGUGCGCACCGAUGUUCCCCCUGCUCGAGGUGAAGCCGCCCCUCGUGGGCGCGCUGCCGCCGCACCAUCUGCUACCACCGCCGCUCCACGAACACCACCUUAUUGGAGGUUUAGCCAAAUCGCCAUUAGCUGGCCUCGCUGCUUUGGGACUUGGAGGUCUUGCGCCGGCUAACACUGGUGGAUUGAAUCCGGCUGCAUUGGCCGCUUUGGCUGGCUCUCAACUGCGCACAUCAAACCAGGGCCGCAAUCAGCCCGCUACCAACCAGCAGUCUCACGAAAUGACCGUGCCUAAUGAACUCAUCGGAUGUAUUAUUGGCAAGGGCGGCACUAAAAUUGCUGAGAUCCGUCAAAUCUCGGGAGCAAUGAUCCGGAUAUCAAAUUGCGAGGAGCGUGAAGGUGGCAGCACUGAUCGUACUAUUACCAUAUCUGGUAACCCGGACUCAGUGGCGCUCGCUCAGUACCUCAUCAACAUGAGUGUGGAGCUCCAGAAGGCGAAUCUGGAGGGUAGCACGUCGGGCGGGUCGAGCAGCGCUACAACCAACCCCCUGGCCUCCGCCAUCCCUCUCGCGCAACUCCUCACCAAGACCGGCGCCCUCGGAGCCCUUAAUUCCCUCACCGCCCUCGGCGGACUCACCGACCUCCUCGGCGGAACCAACACACAGCCCGUUCAGACCACAGGCGUACAUCGGAACCACAAAUCGUUCAACCAGCGCCGCCAGGAUGACGACACGCCGACGAAGACCUCGAAAGAGAGAAACAAAUAUAGCCCCUAUUAG